AUGAUCGAUGGAAUAACAAAUCAAGUAUAUAGGUUAAGUUUGACAAUUCCUGACAAUACCUAUGCAAUUAAGUCAGUAUGUGUUAAAAAAACAUCGACAUAUAAUUCGUUAGUAUUUGAUAAUGAUUUACAAUACAAUGUUGCUAAAUUACUAGGAGAUAAUAAUUUUGGUCCUAAGAUAAUAGGGCGGUUUGGUGACUUUACUAUUCAGGAAUGGGUUGAGGGUGAUACACUAACGAAUGAUUCAUUACAAAACCUCUCAGUUUUAACUGGCAUAGCUUCAUCACUUGCCAAGUUCCAUAAAAGAGUUACAGAACUUGUUCCGAAGGAAUGGGAUAGAACCCCUAUGUUCUUAACCAAAAUAUCUGUAUGGUCUCAACAUGUCGAGAGAAUAAUCAAAAAACAUAAUCUGGAUUUUGAUUACACUGAAUUAAAACAUAACUAUGAGUUAUUUAAACGGAUCCUUAGCAAUCACCUAAAUACAUCAAAUUCAAUAGCUAAUUCAGUCUUAUUUUGUCAUAACGAUCUGUACACUCAGAACAUACUUGAUUUUAAUCAAGGGAUAUUUUUCAUUGACUUUGAUUAUUCAGCAUUCAACUACGUGGGAUGCGAUAUAGCGACUCUUUUCUUCAAAUUACGUCUCGUUUACAAUACUGUAUCUCAUCCGUACUUCGAUCUCGAUGAUUCACUAGCAUUAACUAAGGAAAUGAAAUCCUUAUUCGUUUCAAUAUAUCUUUCUCAGCUAUUAGGGAGGAAUGUUUCACCAUCAGAUGAUGUCGUAAAGGAGUUUCUACAAAGUGUAGAAAUACACACUCUGGGAGUCCAUUUGUUUUGGACAUAUUGGGGAAUAGUAAUGAAUGAAAAGCCGAAAAAUGAGCUUAGUGGACCAAUCGAUUUCCCCGACCAGGCUAAAUUAAAUCACAACCUUCUCAUUAUUGAUCUGAAGAAAUUUUCAGAUAAUAAUAUUUUUACUUAA